AUGAACGCCGCAAACAACCACCCCAGCGUGCAGAACGCCAAGCAGACCGUUAUGAACGGUAAGAUAUCUGAGUCAUGGCCCGUUGCGCAGAAUGUCAAGGCAGAGGGCGCGAAGACGCGCGACGAGUUUGCUGACUUAGCCAACUCCAAGACGAUUCCCGAGCACAAGGCGGCAACUGGCCAGAACCUUACUCACUACCACAGCAUGUUCUACCGCUUGUUGAGCUGGAAGAACCCCCGCGCUACCGGUAUCGCCUUCGGUGCAACCGUUGUCUUCAUCUUCGCGGCACGAUACCUGAACCUGAUCCGCUACAUCUUCAAGACUUCCUACAUGGUGCUCGGUGCUACGGCGGCGGCCGAGGUGGUUGGACAGGUGGCUAUCGGACGUGGUCUUACUUCGCAGUUCAGGCCACGCCAGUACUACACGAUUCCCAAGGCUUCGCUUGAACGCAUGACCGACGACGUCGAGCAGCUCAUCAACUUCUUCGUUAUCGAGUCUCAGCGUAUCAUGUUCGCUGAGAACGUCUACGUCACUGUUGCUGCUUUCUUCGCUUCCCUCAUCUCCUACUUCCUCAUCAAGUUCGUCCCGCUCUGGGGCUUGGCCUUGAUCUCGACAUUCAUCACCUUCCUCGGUCCCCUCGUAUACAUCCAGAACAAGGAGGUCAUCGAUGCUCAGCUAGAGAAGGGCUACAACAUUGCCAACCAGCAGGCUCAGCAGGUCAAGGGCCUUGCUAACCAGCAUGCCGGAAACGCCAUGAAGACUGUGCAAGGCUACACCCAGCAGGCCACGGCCAAGGCCCAGGAGACCGUCAACCAGUACCGCGGGCGUUCCACAUCUCCUGAAGUCAAGAAGGAGGCUUUCCCCUCUGCUCCCACUCACGCACCCGUUGCUGAGGCUGAGUCUUCCUCGGACGAGUCCGAGACCGAGGGCACCAAGAUCGCAGCAGCCCAUCCUGCCCUAUAA